AUGACAAAUACCAAAGGAUACCGUCGAGGCACAAGAUACUUAUUUUCGCGAAAAUUCAGGCACCAUGGACCCCUACCAUCUUCGGUUUAUAUGCGAGUGUAUCGACGUGGUGAUAUCGUAGAUAUAAAGGGUGAUGGUGGUGUCCAAAAGGGUAUGCCCCACAAGUCAUAUCAUGGCCGGACUGGUCGCGUGUAUAAUGUCACUCCUCAUGCUGUUGGAAUAAUCGUCAAUAAGCGUGUCGGUAAUCGAAUAAUUCCGAAACGAAUAAAUGUAAGGAUUGAGCAUGUGAAGCCCAGUAAGUGCAGAGAAGAUUUCCUCCGUCGUGUGAAAGAGAAUGACGUAAAAAGACGUGAUGCAAAAGAAAGAAAUGUGUUCGUCCAGCUGA